AUGGGGGAACCACUAUUGCGUUACUCGUCAUUUUCUUGGCCGUACAGAUCCACCAAUCUCAGGGCUUGCAAUGGUGGGGGAACACCAUCAACAGCAAGAGUGAGUAUGCUGUUUCUGUUUUUAAAUCACGAGUUAGCCCCAUCGCCUAUGGGUGGACCUCCCCUUCCCUCGGCUCCCGCUUCCCAUCACAUACACUGGGUGUGUCUCGCCCCUGUGGCUAAGGCCCCGGCGGUGAUCCUUCAUUAUCCUGAGCACCUCUCCCUUCAUAACUCCACCUUAGGGCUAUUAUCAAUCUUCCAUCAGUGUGCUAACUUUAUACUUGCAGCUAUCGAUGGCUCGUUGACGACGACCUCGUUGUUGCAAACGCCCGCAGAGGGGUUCGCGCCCUCUCCUGCUCAACGAUUAGCUGGUGGGUCGUGA